CUGACACGUGGCCUUGGGCGGCGCUGCCCUUGUGGGUCGGCCGGGCAGGAGCGCGACCUGGACGCGCUGUGCCCGUGGGCAGCCGUCCCCGAUGCAGCCGUUGCCACCGGAGGAGGCCCGCCGGGACGGGGCCGAGGACACCCAGUGGUCCAGGCCCGAAUGCCAGGUGUGGACAGGGACGCUGCUGCUGGGCACAUGCCUCCUGUACUGUGCCCGCGUCAGCAUGCCCGUGUGCACCGUGUCCAUGAGCCAGGACUUCGGCUGGAACAAGAAGGAGGCCGGCAUCGUGCUCAGCAGCUUCUUCUGGGGCUACUGCCUGACCCAGGUGGUGGGCGGCCACCUGGGGGACCGGAUCGGGGGUGAGAAGGUCAUCCUGCUGUCCGCCUCCGCCUGGGGCUUCAUCACUGCCGCCACCCCGCUGCUCGCCCACCUCAGCAGCGCCCACCUGGUCUUCAUGACCUUCUCUCGCAUCCUCACAGGCUUGCUCCAAGGGGUGUACUUCCCGGCGCUGACCAGCCUCCUGUCCCAGAAGGUGCGAGAGAGCGAGCGCGCCUUCACCUACAGCGCCGUGGGGGCUGGCUCCCAGUGCGGGACGCUGGUGACGGGGGCCGUGGGCUCCCUGCUCCUGGACUGGUACGGCUGGCCGAGCGUCUUCUACUUCUCCGGCGGGCUCACCCUGCUGUGGGUGUGUUACGUGUACAGGUACCUGCUCACUGGAAAAGAGCUCAUCCUGGCCUUGGGCGUUCUGGCGCAAGGCCUGCCGGUGUCCAGGCACACCAAGGUUCCCUGGAGACAGCUCUUCCGGAAGCCUUCCGUCUGGGCAGCCAUCUCCUCCCAGCUGUCGUCCGCGUGCUCCUUCUUCAUCCUCCUCUCCUGGCUGCCCACCUUCUUUCAGGAGACAUUCCCCAGCUCCAAGGGCUGGGUCUUCAACGUGGUGCCCUGGCUGGUGGCCAUCCCCGCCAGUCUGUUCAGCGGGUUCCUCUCUGACCAUCUUAUCAAUCAGGUUACAGGAGUGCUUCACGCUCAUUGUGGAAAAAGGAGAGGACUUGUAGGAACUCGAGGAAAGCGCACUGGUAACCCUCCAGCCGCUUCCUCUGGGCACGCGCUGGACCGUGGCCUGCAGAACCCUUUGGACACACGCAGCACAGGGUUACAGGACCAUCGCCGUGCGGAAGUUCAUGCAGGUAGGGAGGGGGCCGAAUGGCUUUCUCUGGACGUCCCUAUUUUGUUCCUGGGACCGAGGGUCGUGACGUCCAGUCACCGGACCCAGAAAGCAUUUGGAGGGUGCCCUGGGUCAGUGCCGGGGUCGCUUCUCCUAGUUGUGCUGUGGGCUCCCUGCCCCUGGGCCCUGGCACACAUUCUGGGCCUCAGUUGCUCCCCUUCCCCUCUCGGUCCAACAGGUGGGACGGGCUCAUCGUGGGGCCUCCCCGGGGCCGGCCUGGGAGGGGCUCCCCCUGACCUUGUCCAGUGCACCCCAGGUGGCCCCAGGGAGGGCCCCGUUGGCCACCACGGCCCCUGGCCUGCCAUCACCCCCCUCCCGCAGGUGAUGGGCCUCGGGCUGUCCAGCGUUUUUGCCCUGUGCUUGGGCCACACCUCGAGCUUCUGUAAGUCCGUGGUCUUCGCGUCGGCGUCCAUUGGCCUGCAGACCUUCAACCACAGUGGCAUUUCGGUCAACAUUCAGGACCUGGCUCCGUCCUGUGCCGGCUUCCUGUUCGGUGUGGCCAAUACCGCCGGGGCCUUGGCAGGUGUCGUGGGCGUGUGCCUGGGCGGCUACCUCAUCGAGACCACGGGCUCCUGGACUUCCAUGUUCAACCUGGUGGCUGCCAUCAGCGGCCUGGGGCUGUGCACCUUCCUGCUGUUCGGAGAGGCCCAGCGGGUGGACCUGAGCCCCACCCACGAGGACCUCUAGCCGCCCCAGCCUGACCGCUGCCCGAGGACCCAGUGCCGUCCGCCUGCGGGUGAUGGGCUCACUUUCAGGGCCUCCCACUCGUGACCCCAGAUGUGUGAGCAGAAAGAGGACUAGCCCUGGCUGAGCCAGGCAGCCCUGGGUGGGCCUCAGUUUCUCCACCUGCCAGCGAGGUGAUCGUGCCCUCCUUUCAGGGUUCAUGGACUGUCGGGGGCGAUGGAGUGAGUGUUUUCAGUUUCAGCGGCGUCAUUACACACCUAGUCCGUUCCAUGUAGAUCCACGCGCCUGUGCAGUCACGCCCGUGGGAGCAUCACCCUUCCUCGCAGGGGUGAGGCACUGCCGGACUGGACCCUUCCCCAGACCUGCCCUGCUUGGCUUCCUGGGCACGAGGGGGGCUGUCCUGUGUACUGCGGCCGUAUCUCUGGCGCCCACCUGCUAGGUGACCACCCCAGUGGGUGGUCAUGAUCACCAACAUUGGCUCCUGGCCACCACCACGUAUCCCUAAGAGGACUGCCCCCCCCCGUGGCAUUUCUGCUUCUCCAAGCAGCCAGGCGGAAACCCCUAUGUCAGUGGGUGGGCUGUGGGCUAGAUGCCCUCUCCCGUCUUUGGGGACUCCCUCCCCCCGCAUCCCCCGUGAGUCCCUUGGCACUAGUGAUGUGUCCUGCCUCCCUGGAGCCUGCGGGCGCCAGCGGUGAGGGGACUGUGGGUCCCUCUCCUGCCGGGGGUGCUCCAGGGACCAGGGAGCCCUCCCGCAUCGUCCUCUUGUAGCAGAGGCGCUGGUCAUCUUGGGAAUUAAUAAUAGAUCUUGCAAGAUGUAUAUGUAGAAAAAAGAAACUAAGAAUGUGAAAAAGACUUAUUUAAAGGAUGGCUAUUAAACUGGAAAAGGGAGACUGUUA